GGAAAUAAAAUAGCAUUAUUGUAAUUGCGGUUACAUGGUUGCAGUAAAAUAACUAAAUUUCUCAUGUUGGUUAUAAACAAGAAAUGAAGCUAAAUAUUUUCCCUUUUUUCUCCCUUUCAAGGAUCUUGAUUAUUUAGUGGAAGCAGCUCUUCUUUAUUAUGGUCAAAAAAGAAGUUGUUGGACAACAAACCACUUCCACUGAACCUGGAAAAGGACAAUGAUCCUCGCAUGCUUACAUCUCCUCUAAAGUUUCCCGGCAAACUGGCAAUAGAUAUUCUUAACAACCGCCUCUUCAUUUCAGAUAGUAACCAUAACCGCAUAGUGGUAACUGUUCUAGAUGGUAACUUCAUCGUCCAAAUUGUAAGCACAGGAGAAGAGGGCAUAAGUGAUGGUUCCUUUGAUGAUGCUACAUUUGAUCGCCUUCAGGGCCUGGCUUACAAUGCAAAGAAGAAUCUUCUUUAUGUUGCAGAUACUGAAAAUCAUGCUUUAAGGGAAAUUGAUUUUGUUAGUGAGAAGGUUCGAACUCUUGCUGGAAAUGGAACGAAAGGUUCCGACUACACACGAGGUGGAACAGGAAACUCUCAGCUCCUUCCUUGCAAGUAAACUCUCCCUGGGAUGUCUGCUUUGACCCUGUCCAUGAGAAGGUCUACAUUGAAAUGGCUGGCCAGCACCAAAUUUGGGAGCAUAACAUACAAGAUGGAUCUACUAGAGCAUUUAGUGGUAAUGGAUAUGAAAGAAACUUAAAUGGAUCGAGCUCUACAACCACUUCUUUUGCACAACCUUCUGGAAUAUCGUUGUCUCCGGAUAAUAUUUGGAAGAG